CAUAAAUAAGAUCCAUAGGCUCGAAACCCCGGUCUAUGUGCUCUUGACUGUCGUCCCCUUCCCUGCUGCAUCGUUUCAAUUGCAGGGCGUGCGCAAGCUCGCUCGUUCGCUCGCUCAUGGCGUCCGCUCCUUCCAAGCUCUACGCAGACGACGUCAGCCUCCUCGUGGUGCUGCUGGACACAAACCCUUUCUUCUGGAGCGCUUCCUCUCUCCCGUUCUCCAAGUUCAUCUCUCACGUGAUUUCGUUCUUGAAUUCGGUUCUGCUGCUCAAUCAGCUGAACCAAAUCGUGGUGAUAGCCACGGGGCACAACUGCUGCGACUACCUUUAUGAUUCUUCCUCUCCGGUGAACCGGUCGUCGGGGACGGGGAAAUUGUCGGCUCUGUCCGUUGAUCUUCUGGAGAAAUUGGAGGAAUUCGUGAUUCGGGAUGAGAAGUUGUUGAAGAAAGAGCCCGAAGGCUUGAUACCCUCUUCGCUGUUAUCCGGGUCGCUGUCGAUGGCGCUUUGCUACAUUCAGAGAGUUUUUCGUUCAGGACUGCUACAUCCGCAUCCUCGAAUUUUAUGCUUGCAUGGAUCUCAGGAUGGGCCUGAACAAUAUGUUGCCAUCAUGAAUGCAAUAUUCUCUGCACAGCGAUCGAUGGUCCCCAUUGAUUCCUGUUUCAUUGGAGCUCAAAAUUCUGCCUUUCUCCAGCAGGCUUCCUAUAUUACUGGUGGCGUAUAUCUGAAGCCACAACUAUUGGAUGGAACAUUUCAGUAUCUAUCGACAGUUUUUGCCACUGAUUUGCAUUCUCGUCGAUUCUUGCAAUUGCCCAAGUCCGUUGGUGUUGAUUUUCGCGCAUCGUGCUUUUGCCAUAAAAAAACUAUUGACAUGGGCUACAUCUGUUCUGUAUGUUUGUCUAUAUUCUGUAAGCACCACAAGAAAUGUUCAACCUGUGGAUCUGUUUUUGGUCAGCCCCAAUCAGAUGCGGCCUCAGAACCUAACAAGAAAAGAAAGGCUGGAGAUGCAUAAGCUCCACAGCUUCUAUGUUUGUGGUUUCAUCGAUGAAGUCUCUGUUUGUGCAAUUAGGCUCGUAUCUGCAUGUGAAGGCUGCAAUGUGAGCUUCAACUGCAGUGACAUGCCUGGCAAUUAGGGAACUCCCAAACCUGUUAUGCGGAGCAACGACUAAUUUUAGUGAAUGGAGGAUUUUUUUUUGCCCCUCUUGAGUCUUUCUCGCCGAACUGGUGUUGUAGCAAUGGAGGUUUUCUAGUCCCUUCCCUUGAGUUUUUCUUGGGGAACAAAAUUUUUGUAUACUAUAUCAUGUUAAUCCUAAGGGUUGCGAUUAUUUAUGUCCUA